AUGGGAAAGACAAUUGACGACCGGCCGGCCUAUCUGAGCUCUGAUGACGCCAAGUACUCCCUAGGUGUUCAUCGUGGGCCACUGGCCACCACAGUCGAUGAUCCUAAGCUAGAGAAAGUCGAGACGGCUGGUGGUCUGUCGCUGGCUACUACCCAAACGCGAAAAGAAAAGUUCGCGCGUCAUUGGAAGCGAUUCUGGUGUUGCUAUUUGAUUGGAAAUGUCAUCUUCCUGGCUAUUUUCUUGCCGGUCUUCUUCCUGGUGGCUAUUCCAGCCAUUUCACAGCUUGUCGUUGACAAGUCAAACUUGGUGUUGGUCAGUGCGGCCGUCAUGCAGCCGCUGCCAAAUACCAUGCAUCUUACACUUCAGUCGGCGCUAGAUUUGAAAAUUGCGCUCCCUGUUCGGAUUGACCCUAUUACGUUGAAUUUGUUUGUUCGCGAUAACGGCGCAGCCAAUCCAUGGGGUCAGGCCAAUUUGACCGGCAUGACUAUUCGAGGAAACUCCACAUUGGGCGUAACCGAUAAGUUCACACCAAUUCUCAACUCGACUACUUGGACCGAUUAUGUUCGGAAGGUCGUUUUCCAAAAGGAGACUGCACUGUCAGUCAAGGGCACGACCGAUUCAUUUCUGGGCGUUUUGAAGUCGAAGGUCACCAUGAACAAGGACAUCACAUCUCCGACACUGGACAAAUUCACAGGUUUCAGUAUUGAUGAUACCUCGCUCGUUCCCACAAAGAGCGACGGCACUAAUCUCGUUGGAAAUGUCACCCUUCCAAAUCCAUCUAUCUUGACCCUUGAGAUUGGCACCAUCGUCCUUGACGUCAAGAGUGGUGAUUUGGUGAUCGGAAACGCUACCGUCGAGAACCUUACCCUCAAACCCGGCAACCAUGCGAACCCCAUGACCGGAAUUCUGGAUAUUGGCGUCAUCCUCAGGAAUAUCGGCACCGUGCUAAAGGACCAGGCUUCAGCCAUCAAAAAUGGCAGCCUUAGUCUCACUUCCGUUACCCGCGAGGUCACCUACAAUGGGACCCGCGUUCCUUACUACUCAGAGGUCAUGUCAGAGCUACCUCUCACAGCAGAGGUUUCCCUUGGCGAGAUCCUGAAAAACACCCUCAGGAGCUUCCUCGGCUCCGGCUCUAAUAGGAACUACACCGAGAUUCUCGACAAUUUAAAGAACCACACCUCUGCCACUACCGGUAGUGACCUCCUCGCAGAUCUGAAGGAGGGCCUGGAUGCCAUCGAAAGCAGAGACUACGUUCCCCGAGAAGAAGUUGACCGCGUCGAUACUGCAAAGUCUCUCGCCAAGGCUUUGAAGCGGAAUGUCCAUGUCCGUGAUCUUUUCCAAGAUGAACAUCCCAUCAAGCGUGACGCGAUGAUCGACUCCUUAGUUGGAUGGCUUGGGAAUCAACAGUAA